UUUACGCGCUCACACUCUCUCACUAUCACUCGCUUAGAUUAAAAAAAAAUCUGAAUCGAAAAAAAAAAGUCGGAGAGAGUGAAGAUCGACAAUCACCAGCAGAAUCUUAGCUGGAUCCACCAUCCUUCAAAAGUUUUCUCGCCUUUUCUCGGCGGAUUUUCCUGGGAAAAUAGGAAUCAGAUCGUUUUUAGACGAAAAAGGAAACCUUAAUCAGAUAUCUGAUUGGAGUGUGGGACGUGAAUCAAAGGGAAGAAGAAGAAGACGAACUCACACAAUGCUCAGUUCCUUCUUCUUCUUCUUCUUCUUCUUGAACUUCUUCUCUUUCUCUCCUUCGGUGCUCGCCGGCGGCUUCCGCCGCGUCCUCCCCCAGCCCUUCUUCCCCGUCGACUCUCCUCCGCCGUCUCCGUCUCCGUCUCCUCCUCCGCCGGUUCCGAAGCUCCCGUUUUCUUCCACCACAUCUCCGUCGAACCCUAAUGACUCACCGUUCUUCCCGUCGUACCCUUCACCUCCUCCACCACCGUCUCCGGCGUCUUUUGCUUCCUUCCCAGCCAAUAUCUCCUCUCUCAUCCUCCCUCACCCGUCUAAAUCUCCGCCUAGUUCUCGGAAGCUCCUGAUCGCUGCCAUCUCCGCCGUGAUUUCCGCCGCCGCCGUUGCCGUGGUUCUCGCGCUACUCUACUGGAGAAGGAGAGAUCAGAAUCGUAGCUACGCCGACGAUAGCAAGACACACACCUCCGACAGUAGCCGCCGAGUGUACCCUCCGCCGCCGCCGCCUGCGCAGCGACGCAAUGCGGAGGCUAGAAGUAGUAAGCUUCGAGCAGCGUCGACGAGCACUAGCUCCGAGUUCCUUUACCUGGGAACUUUGGCGAAUUCUCGAGCAGUGGAAGAUCAAUCAACAGGCAGUAAUCGGAGCAAUGCUGGGUCGGUCUCGAGGAAGCUGGAAUCCCCAGAUCUUCAGCCCCUUCCUCCGCUCGUGAAACGGAGUUUCCGGCUGAAUCCGGAGGUUGGUUCAAUCGGAGAAGAGGAAGAGGAAGAGUUCUAUUCUCCAAGAGGAUCAGCGAGCGGUCGCGAGACUUUGAGCCGGAUCGGAUCCGAGUCCCGGAGCGCGUUCGCGGCGGUUCCUAAACAAAACCCUAGGUCGAGCUCGUCGUCAAGCUCAGGUUCACCGGCGAGAUCGACUUUUAUCAGCAUCUCUCCACCGAUGAGUCCGCGCCACAGGCGAUCGGAAUCGAAGCCUCCAGAAGCCGCCGUGCCUGAGCCGGUUCAGAAUUCUCCGGGGAGCUUUGAUUCGUCUCCGGCGAGGAUCUUGCAGGUUCCGGAUUUUCGAUUUGUGAGGUCGCCGUCUCUGUCUCUGGCUUCCUUGUCGCCGGAGCUUGGUCCAGUGAAGAAAUCCGAUGAAGCUUUGGCUCAAAUCGCGAGAUCUCCGACAGUUUCUUCGGCAACAACUUCACCAGACAGAUCACUGGACAAGAACAACGAUGAAUCUCCCAGAGCUUUCCACGACUCCGACCGAAGUUCUCGAUCUCCGACGAUGUCCUCUGCCUCUACAUCGCCGGAGAGACAGCCAAAUGAAACACCGGACGCUUUCGUGCGAUCUCCCUCGCAUUCCUCUGCUUCUACGUCACCGAGUAGAAACUUCCAGAAAUCUCCGGAGCCAUCGCCGGGUUUUGUGAACAAUCUCCGACAAGGUUUGAAAUCUCAGUUACUUUCCCCCGCUGCUACUUCGCCGGAACUAGGUUUCAUGAAAAGUUCAGAAGCAUUGCGUUCUCCUUUACUGUCUUCUCCUUCCUCUGUAUGUUCUUCACCGGAAAGAGUUGCUCCAAAAUCACCAGCCGGAUUUCCCAACCGGAAUCUGCAGUCUCCGUCGUCAUCAUCACUGCCGUCUUCUCCGGAGAGAGAUUUUAGCCAUAGUGUAGAUGCAUCUCCGAGGAUCUCGAACAUUUCAACUCAAACCCUACAGUCUCUACCGCCAAAACCGCCGGCAAUUGAAGCUCCACGAGCGCCGCCGCCGCCACCACCUCCGCCAUUGCCAUCAUGGGCACGACGGAAUCCGCCCACUCUCCCGGAGCAGCCGAUCUCCCGUCCGCCGCUCCUUACACCUCCUUCACGGCCUUUUGUGAUCCAAAACCAAAACGUAUCAAUCGCUUCUUCAAGUGUUCUUCCUCCAGAGAGUUCCAGUGCAAGUGAACCCAUGGAGGAAACUUCUAAACCGAAGCUAAAGGCUUUACAUUGGGAUAAAGUGAGAGCAAGUUCUGAUCGUGAGAUGGUCUGGGAUCAUCUUCGAUCAAGUUCUUUCAAAUUGAACGAGGAGAUGAUCGAGACACUGUUUGUGGCAAAGACACCAGAUCCGAAACCAAAUCAGAUAACCCCAAGAACUGUUCUUCCUUCCCCGAACCAAGAGAACCGAGUUCUGGACCCCAAGAAGGCUCAGAACAUUGCAAUCCUUCUCCGGGCACUUAACGUCACAAUAGAAGAAGUUUGUGAAGCUCUUGUUGAAGGCUCUGCUGACACGAUUGGAACUGAGCUUCUCGAGAGUUUGCUGAGGAUGGCACCGACAAAAGAGGAAGAACGCAAGUUAAAGGAGUAUAAGGACGAUUCACCUAUCAAGCUUGGCCAUGCCGAGAAAUUUCUCAAGGCAGUACUAGAUGUGCCUUUUGCCUUCAAAAGGGUCGAGGCAAUGCUUUACAUAGCUAACUUUGAUUCCGAGGUUGAAUACCUGAAAAGAUCCUUCGAGACUCUUGAGGCUGCUUGUGAGGAACUCAGAAACAGCAGGAUGUUCUUCAAGCUUCUAGAAGCAGUCCUCAUGACUGGAAACAGAAUGAACGUUGGGACAAACCGGGGUGACGCCCAUGCAUUCAAGCUCGACACUCUCCUCAAGCUGGUAGAUGUCAAAGGCGCAGACGGGAAAACAACACUUUUGCAUUUCGUCGUACAGGAGAUAAUCCGAUCAGAAGGAACACGUCGAUCAGGCACUAGCCAAACCGAUGACAGUAAAUGCAGGAAGCUCGGCCUACAAGUAGUCUCUGGUCUCAGUUCAGAGCUCGGUAAUGUCAAGAAAGCCGCUGCAAUGGACUCGGAAGUACUGAGCGGGGAUGUCUCCAAGCUCUCUCAAGGCAUAGCCAAGAUCAACGAGGCAAUCCACAUGAUGGGCUCAGACGAAACCAGUCGGAGAUUUUCAGAAUCGAUGAACACAUUCCUGAAAAGGGCAGAGGAGGAGAUCAUAAGGGUACAAGCUCAAGAAAGUGUGGCGCUUUCUUUGGUGAAAGAGAUCACAGAGUACUUCCAUGGGAACUCGGCGAAAGAAGAGGCACACCCAUUCAGAAUAUUCAUGGUGGUAAGAGAUUUCUUGGGAAUUCUGGACAGAGUAUGCAAAGAAGUGGGAAUGAUAAAUGAGCGGACCAUGGUUAGUUCUGCUCAUAAGUUCCCUGUUCCAGUUAAUCCGAUGUUGCCACAGCCGCUUCCUGGUCUCUGUGGACGAAGACCUCCUACUUCUUCUUCUUCUUCUUCUUCAGACAACGAGCAGAACUCAUCUCCUUAGAUUGAUUUUUCCUUCGGGCAGUUGGAUCAGAUUGUUUGUUGUAUGUCCUGUCUGUGCAAAAGUGGUUUGUACAAAGUUUCCAGUGAUGGGUUUUUUUUGUCAAAGUAGAUCGAUAUAAAUAGAGAAAGAGAGACUUGAGAUAAGGGUCGUUGAAAGUUUUCGACAUUUGUUGGAUUUGUGUAAAAAUAAUAUAGAAAGUACAUUGAAAUUUGUUU